UAUCUAAUGAAAUUCGGGCAACAUUAGUUGACCAUGUGGUGAACCACAGACUGAUGCUGAGGGAGGCUGGACUGAGAGUUCAGCCAAAUCUUAGCAGAUAUACAGUGGCAUCUGUGAUCAGGACAUUUCGACAAGAAAACAGGUAAAAAUAAAUCUUUCUACAAAAGUUAUCAACUGCUUAGUAUGUACCAUAUCAGCACUGCUCAUACUGGUUCCUGUGAGAUCCUAUGUAUUUCUUUCCACAUAGGAUUCAGGGGCGAGAGCGACAAGGAGGGAGGGGGCCUAUUUUCACACAAGAACAAGAAAGAGCAAUAAUAAACAUCAGGUUCUGGCCAAUGAUAAAAUAUUUCUCAGAGAAAUUCAAGUCAACAUCAUUGGCGACGAUGGCAUUUUCAGUAAAGUUCAUCAGGUCUCUCUCUCAACACUGGCACGCAUCCUGAAAAAAAAUCAACUUCAAAUGAAACAACAGUAUCGAGUGCCUUUUGAGCGGAAUUCGGAGAGGGUCAAACAACUGCGGCAUGCAUAUGUGGAGAGAGUUUUACAGAUGGAUGCUGAAGAAAUCCCACAUGAGUUUAUCUACAUCGAUGAGGCAGAGUUUAACCUCUCAAAAUCAAGAAGGAGAGGCAGAAACAUCAUUGGCCACAGGGCUAUAAUCGACGUCCCAGGACAGCGUGGGGGUAACAUCACCCUCUGCGCUGCCAUUACACAGAAUGGGGUCCUCCUCCGUCAUGCCAGUAUGGGCCCUUAUAACACAGCUCACAUUCUGACAUUUCUGGACCAACUGCACAACAUCCUCACAGUGAACCAAAUACAACAGAUGCAAUACAUUGUCAUCUGGGACAAUGUAUCAUUCCACUGCUCUGCACAGGUCCAUAACUGGUUUCAGCAAAAUCCUCAAUUUUCUGUGCUAUACCUUCCACCAUACUCUCCAUUUCUAAAUCCAAUCGAGGAGUUCUUCUCAACAUGGCGGUGGAAGGUGUAUGAUCUGCAGCCCCAGGCUCAAGUGCCCCUCAUUGAGGCCACGGAGGAGGCCUUUGACCUAAUUGACGCCAUAGCCAUUCAAGGAUGGGUUCGACAUGCACGGCGGUUAUGAUGAAGAUAUCGCCUGUGAUGUUGAUGAAAUUCUCUGGCCUGAUCCAGCUCGG